AUGGCGGUGCGCGGGGCCAGCACCUUGACGCCCUUCUCUAUCCAGGCCAUCCUGAACAAGAAGGAGCAGCGCGCAGGGCUGCCCGCUCCGGACGGCCGUGCGCUCCCCGGGGGUACCGCCGUGUGCUGCUGGAGACUUUUCGGGGAGACGGACUCGGGAGCUCUGGGAACCCCGGAGGACUCGCUGCUGGCGUCCCCGGCUCGGAUCAGGACCGCGGCGGGACGCAGCGCCGACAGCCCCGGUGACUGGGACUCGGACUCAGCGCUGAGCGAGGACCACGAAGGCGGGAGGCGCUGCGUCCACCCGCCGGGGCCCGGAGCGGCCGGGGGGACCCUGAGCCACCGCGGACAGCCCGUCUGCCAGCUGCCCGCCGCCGCCAAGGAGCUGGAGGAGGAAGCCGCGGGCCGCAGCGACAGCGAGAUGUCGGCCAGCGUCUCAGGCGAUCGCAGCCCGAGGCCGGAGGACGAUGCUGCCGGGCCCAGAGGUGCCCACACGUCCCGGCUGGGGAGCGGCGACGGUGGUGGCGGCGGCGGCGGCCCGGCAGGCUGCGCGGAAGAGGAGGAAGAGCCGGCCGCCCCCAAGCCCCGCAAGAAGCGCUCCCGGGCCGCCUUCUCGCACGCGCAGGUCUUCGAGCUGGAGCGUCGUUUCAACCACCAGCGUUACCUUUCGGGGCCCGAGCGAGCCGACCUGGCCGCGUCGCUGAAGCUCACCGAGACGCAGGUGAAAAUUUGGUUCCAGAACCGUCGCUACAAGACCAAGCGCCGGCAGAUGGCCGCGGACUUGCUGGCCUCGGCGCCCGCCGCUAAGAAGGUAGCCGUGAAGGUGCUGGUUCGCGAUGACCAGAGACAAUAUCUGCCUGGAGAGGUGCUGCGACCCCCGUCUCUAUUGCCCCUGCAACCCUCCUACUAUUACCCCUAUUACUGCCUCCCCGGCUGGGCGCUCUCCCCGUGCGCCACCGCCGCAGCAGCUGGCACUCAGUGA